AUGAGUGUACUUCAAGACGAGUCUGAUUAAAAUAUACCCUUCCCAUUUAAUAUUAAUGACAAGGAGUUGUCUCUGCUGGAGUAUUUUAGUUUUAGAAAGGUCAAGAUUUAGUAUAUACAAAAUCAAGAAAUAGUGAAAAUGAGCAGUCCAAUAGGUUCAGUUUGUGGUUUAACUUACUAUAAUAAUGGAAUAAUAAUAAGAGGCCUCGAUGAAAUUUUAUGGCUUGACACUAAUUGUUCCCAAGUUGAAAUCAGAGUAGCAGAAAAUGAAGAUGCAAAAUAAAAACAUGACUUAGUAAUCAAUCAUUAAGAUCAUAUUCUAAGAAUAACUUUCUACUGCUCAGAGGAUCUACUAACAUUCCAAGAAAAACUUGAUUAAUAGUCUUCUAUUAAGUUUCCACCAUUGAAGUAAAUGCUUAACUUAAAAAAAUAAUUAUACGCUGGUAAGCUAUCCUAAGUUGAUCUAUAUUCAACCAGAUCUAAAUAUUACAGGGGAAUUUAGAAUUUGAUGCAAUUCUACGCUGUCAAGACUUAUGAUAUAUCAAGUUAAAAAGUAAACAAAAUUGUAAUGAGGGAAAUUAAAUAUUUAAGAUGUCUUAAAAGCAAGCCCUUCAUCUCAAAAUUAAUUAAAAUAUUUAACUCUGAAAACUAGUGUAAUUUGGUCUUCUAAUACUUCAAAGAAGGAAGCCUGCUUGAAUAUUUGAAUAAGAAAGGUUCGUUAAAAGAAUUCUAAAUCAAGAUUAUAAUGCAUCAGAUUCUAGAGGGUUUAGGACAUAUACACGAAAAAUAAAUAAUACACAGAGAUCUUAAGCCAGAGAAUAUAAUUAUGGAAGACUCUAAAUUACUCAAAAUUAAUAUAAUAGAUUUUGGAUUAGCGUGCAAAACUGGCAGCAUUAAUAGAUUAGAUGAAAGAUGUGGAACACCAGGAUAUAUAGCCCCUGAGAUACUAAAUGCUGGAUGA